UCAUUUGCACUCCGGAGCCUUGCCUGGUCAGCUGGGCCGAGCUGCACUCCUCUGACUGCACCUCACCCUGAGUCUUGAGCCCUCUUCUGCGCCUGGGUUUCUGUGAACUCUUGACCAGCACUGGCUGGCCAGUGCACUCAUUUGCCAUCAUGUCUCUUGCCUUAAACGGGCCAUCAGAACUGCUUUUCUAUGUGAAUGGCAGAAAGGUAACAGAGAAGAAUGCAGAUCCUGAAACAAUGCUGUUAUCAUACUUGAGGAAGAAACUCCAUCUGACAGGGACAAAAUAUGGCUGUGGAGGAGGUGGCUGUGGAGCCUGCACAGUGAUGAUAUCAAGAUAUGACCCAGGGACUAAGAAGAUAAGACAUUAUUCUGCCAAUGCCUGCCUGCUUUCCAUAUGCUCUCUGUAUGGGGCUGCUGUCACUACAGUAGAAGGCAUAGGAAACACCAAAACCAGGAUUCAUCCAGUGCAGGAAAGGAUUGCCAAAUGCCAUGGGACUCAGUGUGGAUACUGUAGCCCAGGGAUGGUUAUGUCUUUGUACUCUCUUUUGAGAAACAUUCCAAAACCCUCCAUGGAUCAGUUAAUGGAAGCUCUUGGAGGUAACUUGUGCCGCUGCACUGGAUAUCGGCCCAUAGUAGAUGCUUGCAAAACUUUCUGUAAAGCUACUGAUUGUUGCCAGAGUAAAGAAAAUGGCAUCUGUUCCUUGGAUCAAGAAGGUGAAUUGCUGGACUCUGAGGAAGGGAAUAGGACAUGUAAAAAACUCUUUCAAGAAGAGGAGUUUCAGCCAUUGGAUCCAACCCAGGAAUUUAUAUUUCCCCCAGAACUAAUGAUGAUGGCUGAGAAACAACCUAAAAGAACUAGGGUUUUCUAUGGGAAUCGAAUAACCUGGAUUUCUCCUGUAACACUAAGAGACCUUCUGGAAGCAAAAGCCAAGUAUCCGGAUGCACCAAUUGUCAUGGGAAAUACCACUGUGGGACCUGAUAUGAAGUUCAAGGGGAUUUUUCACUCAGUUAUCAUAUCUCCUGAUGGAAUUGCAGAACUGAAUGCUAUAAAUUAUACAGACAAUGGUCUGACAAUAGGUGCUGGUUGUAGCCUAGCUCAGCUGAAAGAUAUCCUGACUGAUGUGGUCUUGGAGAUUCCAGAACAGAAGACUCAAACGUACCGGGCUCUCUUAAAACAUCUGAGGACUCUGGCAGGAUCACAGAUCAGGAAUGUCGCAUCUUUAGGGGGCAACGUCAUUAGUAGACAUUCGACAUCAGAUCUGAAUCCCCUUCUGGCUGUGGGUAACUCCACUCUUAAUCUGGCUUCAAAAGAUGGAAAGCGACAAAUUCCUUUAAAUGACCAGUUUCUUAUGAGGGCACGAGGUUCAGAUCUCAAACCAGAAGAAAUAUUGGUCUCAGUGAACAUCCCCUAUUCUAGGAAGUGGGAAUUUGUCUCGGCCUUUCGACAAGCUCCGCGUCAAGAAAAUGCCCUGGCAAUUGUUAAUUCUGGAAUGAGAGUUCUUUUUGAAGAAGACGCAAACAUCAUUAGAGACAUUUGUAUUUUCUACGGAGGCAUUGGCUCUACUACUGUUUGUGCUAAGAAAAGUUGCCAGAAACUUAUAGGAAGAGUCUGGAAUGAGGAGAUUUUGGGUGAAGCUUGCAGAUUGGUUCUGGAUGAAAUUUUCCUCCCAGCCUCAGCUCCAGGGGGAAUGGUAGAAUACAAGAAAUCCCUCAUUGUCAGCUUCCUUUUUAAAUUCUACUUAGAAGUAUUGCAGAAUUUGAAGAUGAUGAACCCAUCUCUCUGUCCUUGUUUACCUGCUGAAUAUGGAAGUGUUUUGGAAGAUUUACAUUCCAAAGAUUAUGAGGCAGUUUUAAGGUACCAGAAGGUAGACACAAAACAGUUUCUUCAAGAUCCAAUUGGGCGUCCCAUUAUGCACCUUUCUGGUAUUAACCAUACAACGGGUGAAGCCGUUUACUGUGACGACAUGCCUGCACAUGACCAAGAACUUUUCUUGGCCUUUGUAACAAGUUCAAGAGCUCAUGCCAAGAUUGUGUCAAUUGAUGCAUCAGAAGCUCUUAAACUACCAGGAGUAAUUAAUGUCCUGACAGGUAAAGAUCUUCAAGAUGUAAACUUCAAGGAUUAUCUUGAAAAGGAGGAAAUAUUGGCAACUGAUGAGGUCUUUGCUGUGGGUCAGCUUGUGUGUGUUGUGAUUGCUGAUUCAGAUGAUAAAGCAAAGCGUGCAACACGUCUGGUGAAGAUUGAGUAUAGUGAUUUGGAACCCUUGAUCCUGACUAUUGAGGAUGCAAUACAGCACAACUCUUUCUAUGAGCCAGAAAGAAAAAUAGAAUAUGGAGAUGUUGAUGAAGCAUUUAAAACUGUUGACCAGAUCCUUGAAGGUGAGAUUCACAUUGGAGGCCAAGAACAUUUUUACAUGGAAACUCAGAGCAUACGUGUUGUUCCAUAUGGAGAAGACAAAGAAAUGGAUGUCUAUGUGUCAACACAAGAUCCCAGAUUAGCACAGGACAUGGUAGCCUCCAUAUUAAGGGUUCCAUCUAACAAGAUCAUGUGUCAUGUCAAAAGAGUUGGUGGAGCUUUUGGUGGAAAAGCAACAAAAACUGGUAUCUUGGCAGCUAUUACAGCAUUUGCAGCAAAGAAAACUGGCUGUCCAGUCCGCUGUGUUCUGGAACGUAGAGAAGAUAUACUAAUAACUGGAGGCCGUCAUCCUUACCUUGGAAAGUACAAAGUAGGAUUCAUGAAUGAUGGUAGAAUCAUGGCCCUGGAUAUUGUACAUUAUUCUAAUGGUGGCUUCACAUUGGAUGAAUCUGUAUUUGUGAUAGAGUUGGGUAUCCUAAAGAUGGACAAUGCUUACAAGAUCCCAAACCUCCGCUGCCGAGGCCUUGCUUGCAAAACUAAUCUACCUUCUAACACUGCUUUCCGUGGAUUUGGCUACCCCCAAGCAGGAUUGAUUACAGAAUCAUGCAUAACAAAAGUUGCCGCUCAAAGCGGUUUGCCACCAGAGAAGGUGAGAAUGAUAAACAUGUACAAAGAAAUAGAUGAAACACACUACAAACAGGAGAUUGAUGCAACCAACCUAAUAAAAUGUUGGAAUGAAUGCAUGGAGAUAUCCUCAUACUAUGCAAGGAAAGCAAUGAUAGAAGAUUUCAACAAGAAGAACUAUUGGAAAAAGAAAGGAAUUGCAAUUAUUCCAAUGAAAUUUCCUCUUGGUGUUGGCUCACUUGCUGCUGGUCAGGCGGCUGCUCUAGUUCACAUCUAUCUGGAUGGAUCUGUGCUUGUGACUCACUGUGGAAUUGAAAUGGGGCAGGGGGUUCACACCAAAAUGAUUCAGGUCGUCAGUCGUGAGUUAGGAAUGCCAAUGUCCAAUAUUCACUUGCGUGGAACAAGUACUGAAAUGAUCCCUAAUGGAAAUUGCUCAGGAGGCUCUGUGGUGGCAGAUGUCAACGGAAUGGCACUGCAGGAUGCUUGUCGAAUUCUUCUAAAACGUCUGGAACCCAUUAUUAGCAAAAACCCUUAUGGCACAUGGAAGGAGUGGGCACAAGAAGCUUUUAAUCAAAGCAUUAGUCUUUCAGCAACUGGACAUUUCAGGGGCUAUGAGUCUGACAUGGACUGGGAAAAAGGUGAAGGUCACCCAUUUGUUUACUUUGUAUUUGGAACUGCCUGUUCAGAAGUGGAAAUCGACUGCCUGACAGGAGAUCAUAAGAACAUAAGAACAGACAUUGUCAUGGAUGUUGGUCGCAGCAUCAAUCCAGCUCUUGAUAUAGGGCAGGUUGAAGGUGCAUUUAUUCAAGGUGUGGGUCUUUAUACAUUAGAGGAACUGAAAUACUCACCUGAAGGAAUACUGUACACUUGGGGUCCAGAACACUAUAAAAUUCCUUCCUUUUGUGAUGUUCCUGCUGAGUUCAAUAUUUCCUUUUUGCCCCCUUCUGAAGUUGCACGCACUCUAUAUUCAUCAAAGGGCCUGGGUGAGUCUGCAUUAUUCCUGGGAUCCUCUGUGUUUUUUGCCCUACAUGAUGCAAUACUUGCAGCACGACAAGAAAGAGGAUUUUCUGGAGUCUUCACACUGAAUAGUCCAUUGACCCCUGAGAAGAUUAGAAUGGCCUGCGAAGAUAAAUUUACAAAAAUGGUUCCAAAGGAUAAACCUGGAUCUUAUGUUCCUUGGGAUAUUCGCAUAUGAAUCUACAACAAACUAGCGGAGAAAAUGUGAUGGAGAUUUUGAUUAUACUUGAUAAUGAGAACUUGAUCUCUUCAAUUUCUUUAUGCUUUAUGAUAACAAAUCUAAAAACAUUAAUUUCCACAGUUCAUUAAGAGUUUGACAAAUCAAGAACUUUUAACUCGGUUUUUAGGUAUAUUCAAUAACCACUCUCACCCCCUCAGAUCUUUAUAGUUAUACUUAUGAACUGAAGACCAAAUCAAAGGCAAAGCUUCUAACCUAUUUCCUCUAGAAUGAUUUUUCUCUUAAGAGUUCCUCAAGAUUGCAUCAUGAACAUGUUAUGGUGACUUGCAUAUGAGUUCAUGUGGCCUGCAUUUUCAUACAUUGUUAUGUCUCCCUGGGUCCCUACUGGGGAUGAGAAAGGGGCCAGAAUACUCCAGGGAUUAAUGGGGUGAUUAACAGGUGAAAAUUUCAGCUCAAGUCAAAGAGUCCCUAGGAAAGGGCAGUGGAAAGAGCAUUAAUUUUUUUUUUUUUUUGGUGUGGCAAUUGGGGUUAAGUGACUUUCCCAGGGUCACACAGCUAGUAAGUGUUAAGUGUCUGAGGCUGGAUUUGAACUCAUGCACUCCUGACUCCAGGGCCAGUGCUCUAUCCACUGCACCACCUAGCUGCCCCAAGAGCAUUAAAUUUUAAUCAAAGGAUGUAGGUUUGUGUUCUUGUUCUAGCAUUAUAUAUGUGACCUUAGGAAAAUCACUUAACUUCCCUGUGCCUCAGUUUUCUCAUCUGUAAAAUAAAGGUGAUAGGUUGGAUAAGACUUCUAAGAUCCCCAUUAGCUUUAAAUAAAUGAUACUAUGAGAUUGGAUCAUGCUUAAAAUAUUGCCAGAGUUUGGAAUCAAAAGUUGAAAUGAUCCACAAGUAAAAGCCAGACAUUCAUCAGUCAGUAAGAUACCUGAUUCAGGGGUAAGGCAGAAAAACAGUAUCCAAGUCCAAAAGUAGUGGGUUGAAAGCAAAGGGAAGCUAAAAAUUAAGGUUGGAAUAAUAAAAUUCAGUAGAAAUUUGUACCUGCUUUAUCCUAAGAAAUAUUUCCUUGAGGCUUGAAAGAGUCAAUGGGUUGUUGAUAAUAGGCUUUAACUUAUUAAUCUUUGUGUCCUUCAUUUGUAAAAUGAAGAAGUUCACCAUAAUGACCUUUAGGGUCCUUUCCAGUUUUAACAUUUUGUCAUUCAUUAGUUUUUGCUCAAUGCUAGAAACAUUGCCUUUAUCACAAGGUAAAUAAUGACUAUGAAAGCCCCAAGAUCUUAGCAUUUCUUCCUAAAUGGGAUUCAUCUUAUAUUGUAUACAUUAAGUAAGCAAAAAUAUUAUGAUUUUGUUGUUGUCGUUUUGGCGAAGGCUAGCUUAUCUUUUCCCACAGAAUGGAAGUCAGGCAUGUGUGUGUGUGUGAGUGCACGUGCGUGCACACACAUGGAUUAUUAUUAUUUUUAUUUGAUUGCCUCCUAAGUUUUGUAUUUUCACAUAGUCAAUUUUCUUAAAGCAGGAUAUGCCCAUAUUUUACUUUGUUUGCCCCAUUCUAGAACCUAUUAAGUAUUCUACACAGUUGGCAUUCAAUAAAUCCUUGAUGACUAAUGAACCAUUUUGAAUAAUUUUGCUAAAGAUCCAAAGAGUGGAGAGAAAGGAAGUAUAUUUGGUUCCAUUUAUUUCUGGCUUUUUUUUUUUUUUUUGGUGAGGCAAUUGGGGUUAAGUGACUUGCCCAGGGUCACACAGCUAGUAAGUGUUAAGUGUCUGAGGUUGGAUUUGAACUCAGGUACUCCUGAAUCCAGGGCCGGUGCUCUAUCCACUGUGCCAUCUAGCUGCCCCUCUGGCUUAUAUUUAACAAGUGCUAAUAAUACAUACUCAAUUUUGCUUUUGUGACAAAGUGUGGCAUUCCAUACCUGAAGAGAAAGCAUAAUCAUUUACUGCAAAAAAUUAGCUUCUAACCUACAAGCAUUUGGGAUGUUCCUUAUCACCUCAUACUUAAAGCUAUAAACCCAUUAAAUAUAAGAUGGGGAUGUAUGUUAGACUCUUAUUAAAAUAAUUACUGAUCUUUAUAUAAUAUUUUAAGGUUUGCAAAGUGCUUUACAUAUAUCAUCUCAAUGAAUUCUAAUAAGUUUGUUUCAGAAUGUAAGCUCCCUAGAGAGAUGUUGAUUGUUCUCUAUUUUAUGGUAACAGAUAUUGUUAGGUAGUAAUGAUUAAUAAAUACCAUAUAAUGAUGAUGA